AUGCGGUCCAGCAUCGCUUGCGCUCGAUGCCGGCGCAGUAAAAUCAAGUGCGUCAAUGCCGGCAUCGAUACAACCUGCCGGGCGUGCGAGUCAUCUGGACGCGAAUGUGUCUACCCAACCCCAGCAAUCGGAGUCAGCAAUGCCAAAAGAGAGCUGGCUACUUUAGCAGAAGGCGAAGAUCGAAAUGGAGACUGGGAUGGCCCGAAACGACAGCGCUCACGCAAGGUGGUAGGCGUCUCCGGCUCAACGGCUGGUUCUAAGCUCGGUGUGGAUGCACUAGAUUCCUCGAUACUUACACCAAAAGUUUGGGAGGCUGUCUUCGAUCUCUUCCAAUCGCAUUUUGCGACUCUUCUACCCUUCCUACAUCCCGCAACGUUUCUCGGCCAGAUUCGACGGCUUUCGUCUCCCGCUCCCCCCGCCACCAUCGACGGACAAGAUCCCCGGAAUCCCACUUAUCAGGCAGACCCAUCUUCGUCCCUGAUUCCGCUGGGUGUACUGGCUCUGACUGCUCGCUUUCACCCCCCGUUGGUCGCAGCUCACUCACCAGCAUCGCCUAGUCAUUCUUCGAAUCCGCUUGCCGCAUCGGAAUAUUAUGCCGCAGCCCUCCGCAGCCGGCUGACUGGCUUGGAUGGCGCUUGCCUCGCUCAGCCCGAUCUUGCGCGUGUACAGGCGCUAUUGAUGUUAGCCUUACACGAGUGGGGGAUGUGCCGAGGUAAGAGUGCUUGGGUUUACGUGGGAAUGGCCAUCCGGCUUGCACAGGCCAUGGGUCUGCCCUUUGAACUUGACAAUGAAUUCCCGGCGCGAGAUCCUUUUCGCUCAUCUCCAGGUCUGAGGGUCGAGACAGAUCACUUUGGUCUGCCGCGGCGUGUAGAGCCCAGGGAGCCGACCUCUGAUGAUGUCAUUGCCCAAGAGACCAAGCGCCGGACCUUUUGGGCCUGCUUUAUCCUCGACCGAUGUCUCAGCAGUGGCAAGUAUCGGCCGCGGAUGGUCCGAGUCAAGGAACUCGGAAUUCAGCUUCCGAGCGAGAAUGCUUUUGCCUUCGGUGAGCGGGUUCGAACGGCCCGCCUCAACGAACCGACCGUUCGCCGUCCGCACAGCUUCGGUUCCCAAAGCAUGCAAAUCCCCAGCAUCCGUCAAAGUAUCGGAGGCUUUGGCGAAGAGAAACUCUCAGGACCCAAUGGGACUCCAGAUAACAAGCCCUGGUCACCGAUCUCUCGCCGCAAGGACUCGAGCGAGGAUGAGGUUGAUCGAUGGGAGGUUGGCGCUGAGGAGUCGGUGCUCAGCCGAGUUAUUCGGAUCAUCCGUAUUUGGGGAAGUAUCGCCAAAUGGUCUUGCGCUGGCGGCCGACGCACGGAACAAUGCCCCCCAUGGCAUCUUGAAUCUCGCUUCUCCUCACUCCGCCAGCAGUUGAACGAGUUCCAGGAUAGUCUUUCUCGCAACCUGCAAUACUCCCCGCGAAAUACCGAUACCCAUAUCAUGUACAAGACCAAUUUGGCUUCAUAUACUGUGAUGCAUGUUGUCUACUUCCUCUCGGUGGUUGUCCUUCAUCGUGCCUAUGUUCCAUUCCUGCCUAUCCGUUGCAAUGAGCCCUCUGGCCCCUUGGAUGAGCCAUUGUUUGCUGUGGACAAGAUCAAUGGUCCACCUGACGGGUUCUGGCGGGAUAGUGCCCGUGCACUCUUCAAGGCUGCCCGACAAAUGAUUGAUCUUGUGGCGACCUGUCAGGCCCGUGGUGCUCUUGUUGAAAACCCUUUGGUUGGAUUUGCGAUCUACAACGCCGCUUUUGUCUGUGUUUAUGGUACCCAUUUCCCCCACAUGGAUCCAGAUGGAUUGUCCGGAACCAAACCGCCCCCUGCGACCCAUGAUGGUCACCAGCUUGGUGUCGCACAAGUACACAAGGCUUUGGAUAUCAUCCGAGAGAUGCGACCUCGUCUGAAGAUGGCAAUGGGCUGGUUCCGCACCCUGAACCGCCUUCACAGCUACUUCUCCAAAGUCAAACGCGAUUUCCGCCGGGCUUCACGGAAUCGCCUGGAUAGCAUGUCAGAUGUCUCUGAUCACGGCCUCACUGGGGUUCGCCCCCUGCGCGAAAGCGGUGCCGGUGGUGGCCUUGAGGAAUUUAAGGUGCUCGAAAAGCUCUUUCUCGACUUCGGAAGCAUCGAGGACCAGUUGACAGAGCCUGGGAUGGAUGAGGACGGGAUCGCAGUGCCCGCAGCAAGCGAGUCCAUGUACGAGCGCACGAACAUGAGUGACGCUGGAAGCAACGCCGUCAGAAGUGACACCGGUGAUCCCGGGGACCAGAUGCUUGACGGUGCUGGUGGUCGUCGCGAAUCGUGGGUCCCGAUCAACAGUCCCGGUUUGUCGCUACCUGGACACGAUGGCGAUCGCCGCCCCAGCCUACCACUUCCCAACAGCCGCCAAAUCCCAUCUGGAUCCCCGUACUCCCUCCCAUCCCUUCAGCAACAUCAUCCAGACGGUCCCAUGUACACCACCUCAUCUCCCAGCUUCCCCUCUCUAUCUGCAACUACGCAGUCCCCCUCUCAAUACUUGACGGCAUCGAACAACCGCCUGAAUCCCAUCAACACCUGGCUCCCAGCCCGCCCACAGGCCCCUCCUCCACCAUACUCCCAAUCGCUGCCUCCCAUCAGUGCAGCCGCCUCCCACACCAUCCCUGUCCUCCCCCCACCGGGGUCUGUUACUCAGUUGGCCCCCUCCCCGCCUCUGACCUCAACCGAAUACCCAGAAUCAAGCUUACUCUCAACGAGUCUCGGCGGAGACGAUGUCAUCGCCUUCCUGGAUGGAUCUGACUGGGAUCAGCUAUCCAUGCUCGCGCCUUCUGAGAUUGGUCUUCCCGCCGGUUGGCUGAGCACAGUCUGGUCUCAAUUCAGCCGCUAG